AUGUGCGCGCGUGUGUCUGUGUUUGUGUGUUUGUGUUGUUUAUAUGUACUUGACCUCUCCGCAGCGUUCGACAAUGUGAACCACCACAUUCUCCUCUGGUCCUUUGCUGGGAUGGGCUUCUCAGGAUCUGCGCUAAUAUGGUUUGAAUCCUACCUGUCUGACCGCUCCUAUCAGUUAUCCCUCCGACUCUCAGGUCCAGCCUGCCUAGCCGACAUUGCCUCCUGGAUGUUCACUGACCAUCUUAAGCUCAAUCUAGAGAAGACUCAGCUUCUCUUUUUUCCAGUAAAGAGCUCCCCAACGAUUGACGCUCCGGUCACCAUUGAGGGUUCUGUGGUGUCCCCCUCCAGCGUAGCCAAAAACCUUGAUGUGACCCUGGACGACCAGCUAAACUUCUCAAGCCAAAGCACCCGGUCCUGCAGAUGCUCCCUCUAAAACAUCAGGAGGAUCUGCCCUUUCCUUACCCAGCAAGCAACCCAGCUCAUAGUUCAAGCACCUGUCAUCACCCGCCUUGACUACUGCUACGCCUUACUGGUUGGCUCACUGGCCUGUGCCAUCGGGCUGCCUCUGCUGGUUCAGAAUGCUGCUGCACGCCUGGUACUCAACCUCCCAAAACACUCUCAUGUCACUCCGCUACUCACUGCACUUCGCUGGCUGCUGGUAGCAGCCCCCAUCCAGUUUAAGACACUGGUGCUGGCUCACCAGGCCACAAGAGGCUCUGCCCUGUCCUACCUUCAGUGUCCCAUCACUCCAUGCGCCCCAACCCGAUCCCUCCGCUCAACCUCCUCUGGGCCGCUGGCGGUCCCCUCACUUCGGGAACCUGGUAGCCGUUCUACUCGGCCAUGUUUUUUUCCUGUCCCCCGUUCCGCUUUCGUGGAAUGA